CAGAAAGCAGAGAAGACAUUCUAACAUGGAGGGUGAAACCAUUCAAGACCUCCUGUCUAAGCGAUAUUCGGAUAGACUUAUCCCAAACACUGUGAUUCACCUUACUGAAGGUGCCAUUGGUAUAUUCGGAAAUAUAAUUGUUCUUGUAAUGUACUCCAGAUAUAUUGCUGACAAGAACGGGACAAGGUACUUUAUCCCUGUUCUAGCUGUGGUUAACCUCAUGGGAUGUCUGUCAAACGUGGUCCAAUUUCAGCUGGACAACACUAUGCGAUACACCUACCCUGACGUCCAUCUCUGCAAAACUCUUUUUUUCUUGAUGAUAAUGUCUGGUGGACUCUCCGCUCAUCUUAUUUUCGCUAUUUCUCUGCAGAGAUACUUGAUGAUUUGCCGUCCGUUUGGUCAGCAGAUGACACGAAAGUACUGCAGGCUCGCUUUUGUGAUUUUUGUUCUUUUCUCGUUUGGAUAUGCCGCUCCUGUGUUAAAGUUUGGAGGAUUUAAUGAAAUAAAAAUAUGGCUAAAGAGAAAAUCUGGCAAUGUGAAUCGGACUUUCUCUUUUACUAUAGGGAGUUGUCAUUUCGAUGAUGGUUCGCACGGACCUAGAGUUAUGGUUCCUUACUUCGGAACAUUGUUGGUACUUUCGUUUAUUAAUAUCAUUGCGACUUCCGGUUUAUACAUACCCGUGACCAAAACUAUCUAUAGGACACUCUCAUCAAACAAGAAUCAUGGAAACAGAGUCAGUCGAAUGUUGGAUGGAGAUACACCGAUAUCCUCAAAAGACACACACAGUACUAGUGUUGAAAAAAUCAAAAUGUCAGAAAUUCCUCAACAAAGCCAAAAUACAAAGUCAAAAUGCUCUGGAACUGAAAUAAAAGCUGGACCUGGUAUAAAAUCCGCACUGCAGGAAACGGACCGAGAACAGAAGGCUCGUAAAAGAAUAAGCGUCAUGUUUCUUAUCAUCAUAAUUGUCUACGUAGUUUCGUAUCUGACGUCACUAGCCACACAAGUCUAUGAAUUCCUAUCCACAGAACGUAUGUCAGGUUACCGAUUGCACAUCCGUAUGUUUUGUCUUCGUUUAAACCUUCUAAACCACAUAGCAAAUCCGUAUAUCUACUGGUUUUACGACGUCAAAUUUCGAAAAGAACUUCAGAAGUUAUGUUGUAAGAGACAUUAAGUGAGGCAUGUGUAAGACAAGAGAGGCUAUCAUAAUGAAUGAACGAAAUAAAAGCAAACCCCAAUCCUAUAUUCAUAUUAUUUGCGAGUUAAGGUGAUAUAUUUUAUUUCGGUUUAUUUAUUAGCGCUGUUUCUCGGUUGGGAAUGAAUUUUCUGAGUUUUCUGCUUUAAGGUACAUUUGCUUAUAAAUAAGAAUCCGUUGUAUGGAUUGGAUAUGACGAAUGGCAAACUUUGAUAACUUUAAAGAAAAAAGAAUUCAAAAAUCAAAAUUCUUCUACUGAAAAACAUUUCCCAAAACAAUUUAAUUGUAUUUGAUUCAUUUCUAAGUUGAUAACGUUGGAAAAUUUUGCGAAGAGUUGCGAGUAUUUCCGUAUAGAGAAAAUAUUUAAACAAUUCACAUUAUGAAUCUCCGUAAGAAAUGUACUUUUGUUCACGUGAGUUAUUUUAGGUAAAAUCGUAUCUCGAUUUCAAUUGUACUUCAUUAAAAGGUGUGUAUAUUCUGGACAAAUUUCGUCAAAGGAGUUACGAAAACAGUCACCAUGGACAUAUUAUUACAACAUCUCUUAAUAUUUUUUGUGAGUUUCUUUAAAAAAAACAUUUAAAGUGACACUACAGCUCAUUUUGCACAAAUUUCAUAAAAUGGCAGUUUUCUCGUUACCUAAAGGAAUUUUCAUGCAAAGUUCUAAGUAUGAACUUUGCAAAAAUUACGCUAUGUGAAACUAAAAAUUCUCAAUUUAUCACUAAAACGAAUAAUUUUAGACGGACCAUAGAGUUAACAUUGUCAGUCCAGUCUUUCGUUCAGCAGCACAUGCGCAUCGAUUGUAAGCAUUUCAGUAAGAGGGUUAGAGGACCACGAAUUUCGACAGAUUUGGCUAAAAAGUGAAUCUUCUUAUCUCGUUAAUACGCAAUUGUAUUAUAAGAAUAUGUUAACAUCUAGAUGCGCAGAGGAUUAUAAUUUCCUUUCUUCGCAAAGUGCCUCAUUUCAUAUGAUAUGAUAUAAAAUCUGAAUUUCGAAACAUCUUUGACACGCAGUAGAGAGCUUAUUAUUGCAGUAAAGAAAAUCAAACUUUCAAUACAUGCACAGCUUUUUUUUAAAAAUUUAAUUGUGUUAAUAAAUGACCAAGAUUAUGAAAAUAAGCUGUAGUGUAUCUUUAAAGAAAACCGAGUUAGAACAGUUUGCAUAUAUCUAUUUUUUCAUUUUUGCUGCUGCAUUCUAUCAUUUCAUUGUAAAGGUUAAAUAUGCUAUUUUGACAUAUCUUUAGAGUAAAGAUUUGUGAGAACAUCCCCAAUUUUUAACCUGA